AUGGCCAGCAACUACCUACUACUUCUAGUCAUCAUAUGCUGUAUCAGCAAGUCAUUCCAAAACACCAAGGACAACACAAUAGAAGAUUCUAGUCCGUAUGAAGAGGUCGCUAGCGACAUCAGGAAGGAACAGAACGGUCAAAAUUUCGGGGCUCUCUUCACGAAUUUCAUGGAGACCGAAGGAGCGAAUAUUAUGGGGGAUGCCCUCUCUAAUUUCGGAAAGGAAAAUGCUGGACAGCUGCUGCAGGGACUAGGGUCCUUGCUGGCAGCUAAUGCUAAACAAGAAAAGGAAACACAAAAGAACUCCGAUGCUCCCAACGUCCUUGAAGGCAUCGGAGCCCUCAUGGGGGCUCUCGGGGGAGCGAAUCAAGGAGGAGCAGGCGGCAACGACGCGGGAGCCUUGCUUCAAGGUCUAGGAUCACUCCUAGGCAACAAAGAAGGUCAAGGCGGCCUAGACCCUGCGGUCAUAGGCAACAUGCUCAAUAUGUUCGUCCAGAGCCAAGGUGGCUCCAAAACUGGGACCAAGUCCAAAGACUCAAAAACGAAGAAUCCGAAAAAGGCCGAGAAGUCCAGAUCUGACCAACCAGAUUUUGACAUAGGGGAUUUGCUGUCACUUGCAAGCAAUUUCAUCGGUCAACCUCAAACAGGUAAAGAUAAAAAUGGUGGUCAAGAAGGAAACUUCAUGAGCUACCUCCCGAUGAUCAUGCAGCUCAUCAACUCCUUCACAGGCCCAGAGGCGGAGAGCAGGGCCAAGUCUCACGAGAGUCAUUCUUGGCUUCUACCCCCAUUUUUGGAGAAACUCCACGUGGUAUUCGAUCACUUCAUCAAUUCCGACAUUGGCAAGCAAAUUAUAGCUGCGCUUGGAGCGGAAAAAACAUUCAAGGUCUUCCUCGAUGAACAAGGGAAGUUUAGUUAUCAAAAAUUUGGGGAAAUGAUGGAGAAUCACUCCUUCAGAAGACAUUGGAUCAGAUUGUUGACGGAUAGAAUAGCAGGAUUCUUGGUCUACGUUUCGAAUCCCACCGUUUACAAAUCGUAUUUGGCAACAGGCCAAAUAUUCUUGAACGGCUAUUUGAAGAGUCAAGGUUUCCCUAAAGCUGCCUUAUUUGACCCUGCUAAGCCCGUGGAAACCAUUUCAGCUCUAGUCAAUCAUAUCGCCAAAACGUACUUCGAUGUCAGAAUCAAAUCCAAAGAGUAUGUCAAGCCCGCUGUAAUAUAUGUUAAGGACCUACUAAAACUUCUGGAGAAGAACGGUCCAAUACAGAGUUCCGGCAGUCACAAUGAAUUCACUGAUAAACUAACUGAUACGAUCAAUUUGGAAAUCAUCGAGCCAUUGGCAAGGGUAAACAGAGCAUACAGGUUUGCCAAAUCUGUGCCGAAAUGUGAUAGGUAUGUGCUAUGUUUGGUGAAUGAAGACAACCAAAACGAAGUAAAGAGUUUACCAGGUUUGAAAAAUCUCUUGUACAAGGGAUCCAGCUUGUUGGCGGCCUGGUUCCUGAGCGAAGAAACGAAAACGGCAUUUUGGACCUAUUAUACUGAUAUCAUGGACGAAACGAAUUGUAAGGCAUUAUAUAAUGAGAAGUGCAAUGAUUUCCACGUGGAAGAAUUGAGAGUGACGACUGAAUAUGUUCAUAAUGAACUAUAA